AUGUCAAUGUCUACAGUGUUAAGGGUGAAGCGGAGGCUAGAAGAAAGCCCACAAGAUGCUCUUGUAUUAAUGUGUAAAAGAGUCAAAACGAAUAAUGAAGAAAUAUCACCAUCACUUUUCGUAUUUCGCGGAACUGUUGAUAACCAAGAAACUGUACAUGUCAAGGAGUUACUACCAAAAACAGACAUUAAGCUUCAAACGAUACCAAACGUGGAUAGCAUUAUAAAGAAAAUAAGGAAGGAACGCAAAGACGUAUCAACAGAAAGCCGAUAUGAGAUUGUUAACUGCUAUAGAGGUAUCAAAGAUGAAGAUGAUGAUGAAAGUGAUGACAUUCUGAAUCUCAUAGAUUUACAAAAGACGAGAGACAAGGACGGAGAUGUACAAUACGCUUAUGAUGUAUACACAAGUUGGAAACAGGACUUUGACAUAUCUAUGAUAGAUAAUUUUGUUGGAGUAGAAACAGACCUUGUAUUUGAUGCAUAUCGAGAUCCUCGGCAAGACCCAUCAGACAAUGAAGAUGAAGAUGAUGACUCUAACGACGAGAAUAACUGGAGGAAUGAAUACCCUGAUUCAGAACCGAGCAGUAUAGAUGAAGAAGACAUGAUUAGAGCAAUGGAACGGGUUGACAUAGAAGACGAUCUAUCCAGCGAUACGGGAGAAGACAAGAUCUAUGAUGAUCCCCCAGAUAUAUUUCAAGAAGAUGUCAAGCGGUAUGGUGAAGCAUAUGCCAAGUACAAAGCCAGGGUUAUGUCAGAAAAUCCUCACCUAUCCAACAAUCAGUCCUUGAUACAAUACAGCAGGGUCCAAGCUGAUGAAGGAUAUAAGGAUGAUAGUGAUGAUGGGUUUUAUUAUGGUGAGGAUGAAGAUACUGACCAGUUCAAGGAACAAUAUCGAGAUGAUUCAUCUUAA